UUUUCACCUGUGGCUCGAUAAAUACAAACUCUAGAAAUCUCUCUCAAUCUCUCUCUCUCUCCCUGUCCCUCGUCGAGAUUGAAGUCAUCAAUGGCUGCUCUGCAAUACCUCGAUUCUCUCCGAAACUCUCACCCGGAGCUCUCCGAUUGGUCGAACACUCUCUCAGAUCUGUACCAGCGCAAGCUAUGGCAUCAACUCUCUCUCUCUCUCGAACAGUUCAUCGCUCACGCCGUCUUUCAGGCUGGUGAUGCUCUGAUUCAGCUAUACCAUAAUUUCAUCACUGAUUUCGAGACUAAAAUCAAUCUUCUCAAGCUUGCGCAUUUUGCGGUAGUAGUCUCGAGGCAAUAUACUGAGAAAGAGGCUGCCAUUAGCUAUCUUGAUGGGGUGAUUGAGAAGCUUCGGGCAACUAAAGAAUCCCGAAUUGAGGAACCUAUCCUUUAUAUCAGGAUGCAGAUUGCUAUGUUCAACCUUGAGAAAGGAGAUCAAAAGGAAUGCAAAAAACUAAUUGAUGAUGGCAAAAGUACACUAGACAGCAUGACCGACAUUGAUCCAUCUGUGCAUGCCAGUUAUUACUGGAUUUCAUCCCAGUACCAUAAAUCUCGUCAAGAAUUUGCCGAGUUCUACAAAAGUGCUCUUCUAUACCUGGCAUACACUUCUGUAGAAUCUCUAUCUGAAUCAUUCAAGCUGGAUUUGGCUUUUGAUUUGUCUCUAUCGGCAUUGCUGGGAGAGAACAUUUACAAUUUCGGUGAAUUGCUUGCACAUCCAAUUCUGAAGAGUCUCCUUGGGACCAAGGUAGAGUGGCUCUAUUACAUUCUUGAAGCAUUCAAUUCUGGUGAUUUAGUCCGCUAUCAGGAAUUGUGCCAUGUUCAUAAUGCUGCUCUGAGUGCACAACCAGCAUUAGUGGAGAAUGAGAAAAAGCUUCUGGAAAAGAUCAAUAUUCUUUGCUUAAUGGAAAUCAUUUUCAGUCGACCAUCAGAGGAUAGAACCAUUCCAUUAAGUAUCAUCGCGGAGCGCACAAAACUCAAGAUAGAGGAUGUGGAGUACCUUCUAAUGAAAAGCCUAUCAGUUCAUCUGAUUGAGGGAAUAAUUGAUCAAGUCGAAGGGACUGUGCAUGUGUCAUGGGUGCAACCCCGAGUUUUAGGGAUUUCUCAGAUCAAAUCUUUACGAGAUAGGCUGGACAACUGGAUGGGUAAAGUAAACACUGCUUUAUUGUCAGUUGAAGCUGAAACACCUGAUCUGGUUGCAUCAUAAACUUCUAUGCUGUUCGGUCCCUGUUUCUUGUAACAAAUUUAUAGUGUUGAAAAGGAGACUUCUACUUGCCUUAAGGGAGAGAAAUGUAGCGAUUAAUUGUGACCAGAGAAUGACUUCUUUUCAUCUUUGUCAUUUCUUUCUCUGUUUUGUAGAAGGCUGUGCCAUUUCCGGUACUUUUGUGCUUUACCAUUUUAGUAGUGGUCACUGUCUACUAGACUAAGGGGUUAUGUUGGUUUAUGUUCUUUAAAUACAGCUACCCAAACUUUGUAGCAAAUUCAUUUUAGUAUUAUUAAAUUUAAAUUUGUGGUUCGCGUGA